UUAGUUUAGAUACCUCCUCUCCCACCUAAUCCUCGAUCUUGACUAGGUUCGUCCCCACAAAGCAAACACCUGAGCGAGCGUAGUCCUGCGGGAGUAAGACUUCGCGACAUUUCGAUUCACAUUUGCCUUCACUUAUGCCCAGCAGAUACCCGCUUCCUCAACCUUCCUUCACUAAUGAGUAACCUUCCCCUACCGCCAGCCCUGAUCGCGGCUCAACUCCGCCGAGACCAGCAGCCGCAGCAGCAGCAGCAGCAGCAGUCGCGUCUGGUCGACACCGGUCAGCCGUUAACAAUGAACGCCAAAACUAACGGCGACGGCAACGACGCCGGCUCCUACGAGAACCCUUCCCCUGGCCACAGGCCCGGGAGGCAGAGCUUCCAGCACCCAUCCCCGCACUCCGGACAGGGGGGAGGGGGGAACCCUCCCGGGGUUUCCGUCUACAGUCGCGAGUUGAAGGUAGUACCAGGGGGGGUUUCCGGCAUGACGAUUGAGGCCGCGGGAACCGAGCUUUCCGGCCAGAUCAUGCACAAUCGGACGGCGUCGGGUCAUCUAACCGUCGCGCCGCCGUCGUCGCCGCUAAGCGGGGGCUCGGGGUUCAAAUCACGCCCGGCGGGGCAUUCUCUGGGAGCGGCCUCCUCCCCUGUGGGCCGACCGGCCGGUAGAGGCGCCGCUGCCCCUCCCCCUCCGCCCGCCAUUUUCCACACGGCAUUGCAGGAUUGCCGGGCGCACGCGGACCCGCCACGUCAGCUUGCCGCGGCACGUGCUCUUCGUGAAAUGGCACGCGACCACGAGGCGAGCCGCCCGGCCAUGGUGGAGGCGGGAGCUGUCUCCGCGCUGCUUCCGCUUCUGGUAUCCAGUGAAACGUCGCCACGUCAGCAGCAGGAGGUGGAAGGUAGCGGUGGAGGGAGUGUUAGAGGGGUGGAGCGGAGGGAUGGAUCAGCAGCAGCGGAAGCGGGUUUAGGGCCAGCGGGGUCGGGUUGUUCAGGAGAAGUUUCUAGAACUGCAGUAAUGGAGGAAGCGGUAACCGCGUUACUGAAUUUGUCCAUCCAUCCGAAAUCUCGCACGCUCAUGCCUUCAUUAGGGGUGGUUUCGCAUCUAGUCCGCGUGGCUGGGAAUGCAGAGAGUAUGAGCGCGCGGGAAACCGCAGCUGCAACGCUGUUCAGCCUAUCUGCUGAGGAUGAGAAUAAGUUGAUCAUAAUAGACGAGGGUGCUGUACGGCCGCUGUUGGAGCUGUUAAACGAGUCAGCUUGUAGCGAGCAGGGCAGACGGGACUCCUGCAAAGCGCUUUUCAACCUCUCUAUGUUAAGCUCAAAGCGGCAGGAGUUGAUUCAAGCAGGUGCUGUGUCUUCCCUUCUGGGGCUGCUAUCAGAACCUACAUCGUCCCUUGCCGAAAAGGCUAUGGCUGCUCUAUCAAAUCUCGCAUCUGAAGCGGAUGGCAGGGCUGCUAUUAUGGGGGAUGGAGAGGAUUCGGAUGAAGCUGAUGGGUUGGGAGCUUUGGUGGAGGUGCUAGAGACAGGGACGCCGAGGGGUAGGGAGUUUUCAGUUGCUGCACUGUGGCUGAUUGCAAGCAAUAGUCAGGAGCACCGGAGGAUGAUUCUUGGAGAGGCCCUGCUGCCCUCGCUCAAUGGUCUCUUACAGACAGGCACUCCCAGGGCUAGAGAGAAGGCGAAGUUGCUCUUAGCCAAUCUUCGUGGAAUGUGAUGUGGUUAUCUGUAAGGUCGAUG